AUGUGUGGAAUACUUCUUUCUGAAGAGGAGAAUUCUGCAUGGGAAGAGAUAGCCCUGCUUGUGAGAAACAGAGGAGAAGACCACUAUAACAGGAUACAUAUGGGGAACAUUGUGGCAAUUUCCUCAGUGCUUGCAAUAAGAGAGUCUAUUAAGCAGCCUGUAGUAGGUCAUAGAUAUAUACUCCUUUACAAUGGUGAGGUCUAUAAUAAGGAACCUAGCGAUACACUAUUCAUCAAAAGUAUAGUCGAUAAACUCUUGAACGAUGGAGCAGAUUCGUGUAUGGAAAGCACAAUAGACAGGAUUUACGAGGAAAUCAACAGAUAUGAAAACGAAAUGGCCAUGAUAUUAAUGAUAGGAGACUAUGUGUAUUUCUUUAAAGACGACAUAGGAAGAAGAAGCCUGGGAUACGGACUGAGUCCAUUCUACGUUUCUUCUGUAGGGUACUUAGAGGAGAUAAAUCCCAUGCUGAUAUACUCGUACAACAAGGUAACAAAAAGUCUGAGUGAAUGGCCCAAAAGUAGCAGGAUUGUUAAGAAGUAUAUGUCCAUGAGUGAUGUAAUACUGAAACGCCUCAAUAAUGAGAAGUACUCAAAAAAGUACCAAUACCUGAAGAAGUACUUGGCUUCAAGCGGUGUGGAAGCGAACAAGGAAGAUCUAAACAACGUCGACGAUGUGGUUAAGGAGUUCGGCAAGGCCUUCAGGAAGUCUGUAGAAAGAAGGGUUUCAGAGGGAAACAUCUGUGUGUUUUUCAGCGGAGGAGUGGAUUCGAUGCUUGUGACAAUAUUCUUACAUUAUUCCACAGAUCCCUGCCAAAGGAUUUACUUGAUAAACACAUCUUUUGGGCCAUCGUGGGACAGGGAUACGGGGAAAAGAGGGUUUGAAAGUCUUUGCUCAAGGUUCAGGGAAAGGGCAUUCAUUUUUGUUUCAAACGAAGUCAGCAUAGAGGAGGUCAGAGCAUUUAAGGAGCACAUAUACAAGUUGAUACAUCCGAAGUGUGGACGCAUGGAUUUUAACAUAGGUGCAACGUUGUUCUUCACUGCAAGGGAGUCGAGGAAAUACAGUAAGAUUGGGUAUCUUGGGUCAGGGGCCGAUGAGAUGUUUGGGGGAUAUCAUAGAUAUAAAGGAGGAGAGUUCCGGGGAGACAUGCUCUUUGACCUUUUUACUAUUUCCCAUCACAAUGUUUGUAGAGAUGACAGGGUUAUCUCAGACAAUCAAGUUGAAUGUAGAUUUCCUUUUCUAGAUUCAGGAAUGGUGGAAUAUUCCUUAAGAGUGGGAAGGGAUAUCCUCAUGAUGAAUGGAGACAGAAAGUUUGUGAUAAGGGAGGUUUUGAGAAGAGAAGGAUUUGAAUGUGUCUCUAAAGUUCCAAAAAAGGCAAUGCAGUAUGGAAGUGGGAUAUUCAAAAUGGAAGGGAAAAUAUAG